ACCGUGACCCGGAAGUGUUUUCCCGGCGUGAGUGAGCGCGCGGCGUGCUGUGUGAAGCAGGAGAACGAGGAGAACCAGGAGAACCAGGAGAACCAGGAGAACAUGGAGAACCUGCAGCAGACCUCCAGGAACCUGCUGGUCUGCGACCAGUCCAGCCUCCGGCACCGGAAGUGCCGCCUGAGCCAGCAGGUGCAGCAGCACCACUUCAACCACCAGGUGUCGCUGCUGCUGCCUGAGUGUGGCUCCGCCCCCCCGCCGCUGGACGCCGCGCUCCGCAGCUUCAGCUCCUCCUACCUGCUGAGGAAGCUGCCGCUGCACGAGCUGCUGGACACACACUUCCUGCAGGACGCCGUGUACCAGGGGUCGGUGUACGGGCUGUCCUACAGGAGCAGGAUUGAUGAGGACACCUGUGUGGCUCUGCUGCCGAGCGGUCAGCUGGUCCUCUCUCUGGAUAAAGAUGUGUAUGAGCGGUUGGGGGUGGAGGGGAAGCCGUCACGUUUCAACCAGCGAGCGAACAGCAGAUACGUGGUGACUGUGAACCUGACGGACAGCAGCAUGGCUCCAGGUGGGCGGGGCUACCAGCGGCUGCUGACAGGCCUGAAGUCACGUGUCCAGCUGCAGACGGACUUCCUGCUGUCGCAUCACCCAGGGGGAGGCGAGGCUCUGAAGGCCCUCCUGUCUCGCUACGACUGGACAGAGCACAGACCUCAGGUCAGCAGCCGGCUUCUGACCAACCUGCCCUGCCCCACCCCGCUGACCUCUGACCUGCCGUCAUGUGACCCCCACAGCUUCCUGGAGUGGCUCGGCGCCGUGGAGGCCGAGGUCAGCUGUGACAACGAGUCCACCAGUUUCCUGUCGACGUUGGUGUGUCCGGAGCCUCGUGCGGUGCUGAGCCGGGCCCUGAGGGUCCGGGUCAGCGGGCUGCUGCUUCCUCAGGACGUCUACAGGCUGAUUGAGGAGCUCAGGCGUUGCUGGGACGGGCGCGGCACGGCGUCCUGGGCGGCGCUGACGGUGCAGGGCUUCGCCGACAGCCCGGUGUCGUGGGGCAGCAGAGAGCACGGCUUCCUGAAGGGAGGAGAGAACUUCUACAGCCUCCUGCUCUGCAGCGACCACAGCUACUGGCUCUGCAUGGGCACCGGGGCGCACGACGGCUGCCCGCCGUGACGCCACCCGCCACGACGGCUACCCGCCGGGACGCUGCCGUGACGCCGCCCGCCACGACGGCUGCCCGCCGGGACGCUGCCGUGACGCCGCUCGCCGCGACGGCUGCCCGCCGUGACGCCGCCCGCCCUGCUGGGACUGCCAGCCUCCUGUAUGUUCUGGGCCCCAGGCGGACUCUAACAAGCUGAGAGCCCACGUUUGAUCUGGCUCUGCCCUCCAGGCCCUGCUGAUCCAGCAGCUGAUCCAACGUUGAAAUUUGGGAUUUUAAUAAUUAUACGUGCAGUUUUCCUGCAUUUUUUUUGUUUUGUUUGUUUGUUUUUUGUUUCCCAGCAAACUGACAGGAGCACCAAGCUGAAGUGAGCGUUGUUGGCCUGUAGGACAGAGCUCAUUUUGCUGAGGACGUCUGGAGGCCCCUAGAGGCCCCUGGGGGCCCCUGGGGCCCCUCACAGUCCUGGUCCAGAGGUUCCUGCUGGUGUCUGGCAGAUGAGUGGUUUUGUCCUGCGGUACAAACCUGCAGCGCGUCCAUCAGUCCUGCAGGUCCGACGGGUGGAAAACAG